AUCUUACGUGCUUCAUUGGACGGGGCCGGUGAGCACCCACUCUUCCCUCCCUCCUCUCUUUUUACCCGUCGCAUUGAAUGCUUGAAUAAUAAUUGAAUCCUGUCAGAGAUUAUUGAAAGGUGGUGUGCUAGAGGAGCAGAGGCCGAGCCCCAGAUUAGUGGAUCUAUCACUGCUAUUGCUCAUAAACCUUGCAGUGUCUCCCUGUCUUGCCAACACCUCUGCCAUCUCGCCAAGCGGAGAUUUUUAUUAGCUGGUCUGACUACUGCGCACGGGUUUUUAUUGCCUAGAUUUGCUCCGCUGGUUCUUGAUUCUCUUCUUCAUGUUAGUGGAUUCUUGAUUGGUGUGUUCCGGUUUCUUUCGGCGAGGGAAAAAUAGCUCGCGAGGAGGCCGCUCCCGAUGGAGUGGAGCUCCAAGAUGCCGGCUUGGGACCUCGCCGAUCUCGAGCAGAGCGCGGAGCUCAACCUGGGUUCUUUAGUGGGGCCGAGCUUCGUUCUCGGUAGCCACAGUGGCGGGUUGAUGGAUUGCUCUGUCGAUCUGAAACUGGGCGGUUUGGGUGACUUCAGGCAGCCGGGGAGUUGGGGCAACCGGCCACCGGCGGCAGCGAUGGCGGUGGCAGUGACGGCGGUUCCGUCCAAGAGAACUCGGGCCGUCGGCAAUGGCGGUCUCAGCGCCUCUUGCUUGGUCGACGGGUGCAAAUCCGACCUGAGUAACUCCCGGGAGUAUCAUCGGCGGCACAAGGUGUGCGAAGUCCAUUCCAAGACUCCGGUCGUGAUGGUGGGGGGCCAAGAGCAACGGUUCUGCCAACAGUGUAGCAGGUUUCACCAACUGGUGGAGUUUGAUGAGGUUAAACGAAGCUGUCGAAAACGACUGGAUGGGCAUAAUCGGCGCCGACGGAAGCCUCCACCAGAAUCCAUUAAUCCUGGCAGCGUAUUUCCAAAUAACCCUGGAAGCAGGUUCUUAAUGUAUCCUUAUCUGACUCCCACUCCAACACAAGGCCACAGGUGGUCUGGGAUCAUCAAACCCGAGGACACACUACGCAGAGCUCAAUUGCCCCAACAGGCUAUCAACGGCCAACAAUGCACCACCAGAAACAUAAAUCAGUUUCCUAGUUUGCAAGAUGACAAUUCUCCCUUCGGCCGACCACAGGCCACGUUGCAGCCCUUUCUCGAGACCAUCUCAGCGAAGAGCAGCAGCUGCAGCAGAAUUCUCUCCGAGAGAUCACCGACGCAAGUGUUCAACUCCGAUUGUGCUCUCUCUCUUCUGUCAUCAGCUCGGGAUGUAGGCGUCGGCGUGGGCCAAAUGCUGCCUGCUGGUAGGAUUCCUAUUCACCCGUCCCUGGUUUCAGGCCUGCCCUUCGCCAAUGCUGCUCAAGCUUCAGGCUAUGUUUCAGCAGCAACAGGGUUUUCUUGCUCGACGGCUGAGGAUGAGCAAGUAGGCAAUGUGUUUAUAUGUGGGGCCGAGACAGGUCUUCAUUAUCAGGGUGUGUUUAAUGUGACGGGAGGAGAGUCGUCAGAUGAGGCUUCACGAGCUCUUCCCUUUUCUUGGCAGUAAAUUAACUGAUCUCUUUUAAUAAUAAUCCAAGUUCUAACACAGUUUGAUCA